AUGGCUGUUACCGAUAAUAGCGAUGAUUACAUUUUAGGCAGGAGCUUUAUAGAGACCAUAAGACUAGAUGGUCAACACUUCAUAUUCAACCUCCAAAACGGCUACACCAUCGAUCCCAGAAUCCCCAUCAACCCGGACACCAAGAUUGCUGAAAUAGGCACAGGAACCGGAAUAUGGCUUCUGGAUGUGUCUUCCCAGGUCCCUUCAACUGUUCAACUUGACGGUUUUGACAUCUCCGAUGAACAAUUUCCGCCAAAGUCGACCCUGCCCAGUAACAUAACUCUACGGGUUAUGAAUGCUUAUGAGGAAGUACCUGAAGAGCAUUUCCAGAAAUACGACGUAGUACACAUGCGACUUUGGUGCGCCAUCAUUAGGGGGUGUGAUACAUUUGCCUUGAUUAGACACGUCACGCAGUUGCUGAAGCCGGGCGGUUACCUACAAUGGGAUGAUUACGACCCUGACAGAAAUGGAGCAUACAUCAAAGGAGAGGAGGCCGAGGCGUUGUAUUCCUUCGCUUCCUUGAUUCGAAAAGAAUUAAACAUUGAUCCUUCCUGGCUUGUGGAUAUUCCCAACCGUGUAAAGAAGGCCGGGCUGAAUGUCGUGGAGUUUCGGGCAGACCCGAUUUCACAAGCUGUUGUUCCGAUCAUCACCAAGUCGCUGUUUGCCUUCCACGCGAGUCUCAUUGCCGGAGCAUACAAAGCCGGUAUCCCAAGUUUGCCACCCCGUCACGAGGGCGAUGCAGUGCUAGAAGCGGCACUGGAUGCCGUCAAGAAUCGGGGAGGAGCACUUCAUUGCACUCCAUUGGCAUUGCUGGCGCAAAAGCCUUUAGCCUAA